GCCCCAAGGUUGGCGGGGCCGACGCUCGGCGACCCGGCGGCCGCGUGGCAUGCUGGGAAUUGUAGUUCGAUGCUUGCCUAGGGUUUCGGGAUGAGGCGCCAAAAUCCAAGGUUUGACCUCAGCCUGCCCUUGCCAGUGCCUGGGCCAUAGGUGAGCCGUUAUUGGUUGCAGUUAAGGACCGUUACCAUUACCGGGCAGGUCCGGUCCUUCUGACAUUCCUGGAGUGGGCCAUCCCAACCAGCCAAGCGUGCCCUACUCCAGUGAUUCCCCGGCUCCUGGUUCGGCAUUCUCGCUGGCCUCCUUCCCUGGGAAGAUGUUCCUGGUGGGCCUCACAGGGGGCAUCGCCUCGGGCAAGAGCUCGGUGAUCCAGGUGUUCCAGCAGCUGGGCUGUGCGGUGAUUGAUGUUGACGUCAUCGCCCGCCAUGUUGUCCAGCCAGGAUACCCCGCCCACCGGCGCAUCGUGGAGGCCUUUGGCACCGAGGUCUUGCUGGAGAAUGGUGACAUCAACCGCAAGGUCCUGGGGGACCUGAUCUUUAACCAGCCCGACCGGCGGCAUCUGCUCAACACCAUCACCCACCCCGAGAUCCGCAAGGAAAUGAUGAAGGAGACCUUCAAAUAUUUCCUCCGAGGAUACCGCUAUGUGAUUCUGGACAUCCCCCUGCUGUUUGAGACCAAGAACCUGCUCAAGUACAUGAAGCACACGGUGGUGGUGUACUGUGAUCGGGACACACAGCUGGCGCGGCUGAUGCAGCGGAACCACCUGAACCGGCAGGAUGCAGAGGCCCGGAUCGAGGCCCAGCUGCCCCUGAAGGACAAGGCCCGCAUGGCCCGCCACGUCCUCGACAACUCGGGGGAGUGGAGCAUCACCAAACGCCAGGUCAUCCUCCUGCACUCCGAGCUGGAGCGCUCCCUGGAGUACCUGCCCCUGAGGCUCGGGGUCCUGACGGGUCUGGCAGGCCUUGCCGGCCUCCUCUACCUGCUCACCCGCUGCCUCCUGCCUUUGCCCUAGCUGGCACUGCCGACGCGGGAAGCCCCGGGCCUCCAUGUCCUCCGAGGCUGAAGCAGGUAACAGAUGCAUCCCGUGUCCUCCCAAGCCCGUGAGCGCACACACACACACACACACAGACACACACAAACACACGCACUGAAGCUGGGCUGAGCCCCGCACUGGGCUGACCCUUCUUUGGAAUGCAUCCUGUCUGAGGCAGAGAAAGCCCCUGUCAGUAGCUACUCUCCCCACCUUCCCUGGGGCCCCUCCCUCUGGGCCCACGUACAGCAUGGUGUCCGCGAUGGGGCGUGCAAGCGAUGGUGGGAAACUGCUGUAAAUUUCUUGGGGGUGCAGGCAAGGAGCACUGUCUCUGUGGCCAUCGGCAGUGUUCAAAACUGAAGAUUCCCUGGGCUUGAACCCUGUCCAAACACAUGCCCCAUCAUGACCAAAACCUGCGUCCUGGACCAGGGAAAUAAUUGUGGACCAAGGGCUGCCACCUUCAGACAGGAUUCUCCCCCCCAGGUUGAAGCCCUCAGCCGGAAUGCAGUGCGAACUCCCUUGUUGGUAAUGCGCUGGCGGGGCCUCUUGUGGGAUGACCCACUGUGCCACCUUGGCAUUUCUCCAGCAUUCCCCAUACCUGCUCCCCACCUGCCACCAGUCUGCCUCCCACUCUGUGUCCUCCUCGCCCUGAACUCUUAGCAGUCCACACACACGCACGAGGCUGUUUCUUGCCUCUGGGCCUCCGCUCUGCUGUUCCCUCACCUAGGAUACCUUUUGUUUUUCUGUAGCUGCAUAACUCCCAGCUCAAGCACCAUCUGGAGCCCCAGGCUGGGUCAGGUGCUCUGGGAUAGACUGCUGCCCCCCCCACCCCCCGCCACUGUGUUUUACUUUAAUCCACAGAAUUGUAAUCAGCCAAAAGCUGGUUGGUCUCUCCUACUAGACUGUAAGCCCUUCCAGGGCUGGGACUGUGUCUUGUUCAUCUCCGUGUUCCCGGUGCAGAGCCUGACUCACCAUUGGUGCUUAAUAAAGUGAAGUGUGUUGAUCUGGAA